GAAGUAAAGACUGUUAAAGAAGAAUUAGCUACUAGACUUAAUACCAAUGAAACUGCCGAAUUACUGAAAGAAAAAGAAGAGCAAAUCAAAGGAUUAAUGGAGGAAGGAGAAAAACUUUCCAAGCAGCAGCUGCACAAUUCCAACAUUAUUAAGAAACUAAGAGCCAAAGAGAAAGAGAGAGAAAAUAUUAACACAAAACAGAACAAAAAGAUUAAGGAAUUGGAAGAGGAGUUGCAGCAUUUAAAACAGGUGCUUGAUGGCAAGGAGGACCUUGAGAAGCAGCAUCGAGACAGCAUUAAACAACUGAACAGUGUUGUAGAGCGGCAGGAAAAGGAUCUUGGUAAACUUCAGGCAGAAGUGGAAGACCUUGAAGAACGGAACAGAAGUGUCCAGGCAGCGCUUGACAGUGCAUACAAGGAACUUGCAGAUCUUCAUAAAGCUAAUGCUACGAAGGACAGCGAGGCACAAGAAGCAGCCCUGAGUCAGGAGAUGAAGGCAAAGGAGGAGCUUGGAUUAGCUCUGGAGAAAGCCCAGGAUGAGGCACGGCAGCAGCAAGAAGCUUUGGCAAUUCAGGUGGCGGACCUGAGGCUAGCGCUGCAGCGUGCAGAGCAGCAGGCAGCAAGAAAAGAAGACUAUUUACGCCAGGAAAUCGGUGAACUACAACAGAGACUGCAAGAAGCAGAGAGCCGGAACCAAGAACUGAGUCAAAGUGUUACAUCUGCUACACGGCCACUUCUCCGUCAGAUAGAAAAUCUUCAAGCCACGCUGGGAGCGCAAACCUCUGCGUGGGAAAAACUGGAAAAGAACCUUUCUGACAGACUUGGUGAGUCUCAGACUCUUCUAGCAGCAGCUGCCGAGAGAGAACGGGCUGCUACAGAAGAACUUCUGUCUAAUAAAAUUCAGAUGUCUUCUACUGAAUCUCAGAAUAGCCUUUUAAGGCAAGAAAAUACACGCCUUCAGGCUCAGCUGGAAGUGGAGAGAAACAGACUGAAGAAAAUGGAAAAUGAAAACAGUAGGUAUGAGAUUGAAUUAGAAGGACUCAAAGAUGAGUAUGCGAAAACCUUGGAAGAUGCAAAGAAAGAAAAGACACUGCUGGCUACUCAGUUAGAAAUGGAGAAGAUGAAAGUUGAACAGGAAAGAAAGAAGGCGGUUUUUGUGCAAGAAGCAGCGAAGGAGAAGGAUCGGAAGUCAUUUACAGUGGAAACUGUUUCAAGUACUCCAACUAUGUCACGCUCUAGUUCCAUAAGUGGAGUUGACAUGGCAGGUCUUCAGACAUCUUUCCUCUCACAGGAUGAUCCUCACGACCACUCGUUUGGGCCAAUAGCUACUAGUGGAAGCAAUCUUUAUGAUGCUAUAAGGAUGGGAGCAGGUUCAAGUAUAAUUGAAAACCUUCAAUCACAGCUAAAACUAAGAGAAGGAGAGAUUUCACAUCUACAGCUGGAAAUCGGAAACCUUGAGAAAACUCGAUCAAUAAUGGCAGAAGAACUGGUUAAAUUAACAAAUCAAAAUGAUGAACUUGAAGAAAAAGUGAAGGAAAUACCAAAAUUGCGUGUGCAGUUAAAGGAUUUGGAUCAAAGAUACAAUACGAUUCUUCAGAUGUACGGAGAGAAGGCAGAGGAAGCUGAAGAGCUCCGUCUAGAUCUUGAAGACGUGAAAAACAUGUACAAGACUCAGAUAGAUGAACUUUUAAAACAAAGACAAAAUUAAUUCCCUCCUAACACUAUAUGAUAACAGAUUGUAAAGAUAAUUGUUUAUGUAAAUGCUGGAUUUAAAUGUCUUGUAAAAAAAAAAAACAACCCUGUAUUAUAGAAGAGGUGACUAUAUAAUAGAGUUCAUAUGCUGACAGAAAAUCAGUGCUUUAAGUGUCUUGUACUGUCUGCAGUUAAAUUAUUUGUGCAAUAUUU